UGCUGUGCGCAACCGGUCGAACGAGAUUAUCGGCCUCACGAUCCGCGUCGGCCGGUACAUUGAAGGCAAUGCGAGCUUGAUUGCCGACGUUUUGGCGAAGGAGGACAAGAACAUUCUCUUCCUCGGCGAACCUGGCUGCGGCAAAACCACGAUUGUCCGCGAAGUCUCUCGGCAGCUCGCCAACAAGUACAACGUCUGCGUCGUCGACACGAGCAAUGAGAUUGCAGGCGACGGCAACAUUCCACACAUGUGCGUAGGCUUGGCGCGCCGCAUGAUGGUCCCAUCACUCGACAAGCAAGCCGCCGUGAUGGUCCAAGUGGUCCAGAACCACACACCCGAGGUCAUGGUCAUUGACGAGAUUGGCCGACCGAACGAAGUCGAGGCCGCGCGCACGUGCAAGCAGCGCGGUGUGCGCAUCGGGCUUGUGGGUGGCAUUCAGAACGUGACGCUCAGCGACAAGACGGCCAGGGAGCAGCAGCAGAAGAACGACGGCGACUCGCUGCGGAAGAUUGUGGCCGAGCGCGGCGGCGCGCCGAUCUUUGAGGUGAUUGUGGAGCUCCGGCGCGGGCAGUACGACACGUGGCGCAUCAUUUCGAACGCGGCGGACGCGGUCGAUGCCAUUUUGAGCAACACUGACUACGAGACCCAAGUGCGCACGCGGACCGCCGACGGCAAUGCGUUUUUGUUCAGCACGGAGAAGCUCUAG